AUGAAUAAACUUGGAAGUGAAAAACUGAAGCAGACAACGAGGAUUAAAGAAUAUUUUCCUGUCAAACCGGCCGAAAGACAUGUUAGUAUCAUUAUCGAAACUCCUAGGGCUAUUCAUGGAAAACUUAAUCAAGCAUACUUGUUAGGUUGCUUUUCUAAAGGAGACCUUGUUGAGCUAAAAUACAAAGAUAAAACAUAUACUGCAACAUUCAAAGAAAUGUAUGGUCGCCCAUUUCUGGUCGCCGAUGGAUGCGAAUACCCUUCUUUCUCGAAGUUUAUUCAAGCGAUGAUAGACACGAAGUCAAUAGGGGGUUCAGUUUACAACAACCUGAAAGUCAAUUCCAUGUCUUGGAAAGAAUUCUGUGAAGAAAUAUUAUUCUUCAACUCCGUUAUGCAAAUAAAAAAAGAGUUGCAAUUUUUCUUAGACGACCCAAAUGUUCGUGACAUUUUCUAUGGUAGAGAAGAGUUAGAGAAAGCUUCUACAGAAGUUUCAAUCUAUGAAAACCAAAAUCUGUAUGUUGUAGUUGACAGACUUCCAGAGGAACGGUUGAAAUUUGUUGGAGAAUUUCCAAUAGUAUAUAUAUCUUGGGGAAUAUUAACAGAUUAUUAUCCAUUUAAUCCUCCGAAAAUUCCUUUCCCUCUGGAAACGUUAAAGAAAUUUGACAACAUUCUCGAUACACACCUUGGACUAGAUUUCCGAUCGAAAUACAUAAAUCUUACCGCGAUUGCAUUAGACUGGAAA